GGUACAACUGUUCAUUCCUCUGUUUCACCCGAAAGCUGCAAAAUGUUAUAUAUGGACGGAAACACUGUGUCCGGUGUAUACACCAUUUAUCCAUGGGACAUUUCAGACCUGACUUAUCGACCUUUGCAGGUUUUCUGCGAUAUGGACACAGCUGGAGGCGGUUGGACAGUUGUGCAGAGAAGGCUCGGAAUCACACUUAGAUUUGAUCGGGAUUGGGAUGCCUAUAAAGUUGGAUUUGGUGAUCCUAAUGAUUCUUAUUGGCUGGGAAAUGACCCACUACAUCAACUUACCAAGAAAAACGUUUCUUUGUAUAUCUCAAUGACUGGUUUGAAUGGAAGCUCAUUCUACAAAGAAUAUCCUUAUUUCUUUAUCGAAUCAGAGGCAACUAAAUAUAGACUCCACAUUGGCGGAACACCGACUGGAACUUUGGUAGGCGAAGGUCUUGUAUCAACGACUGAUCCUGACGGCGAUUUGCGUGGAAUGUCGUUCUCAACAUUUGAUCAAGAUAACGACUUGUUCACAGCAUUAAACUGUGCCGCCUGGUUUGGAGGAGGCUGGUGGUUCAACGCUUGUCAUCUAGCAUUCUUAAAUGGACCGUCUAUCUAUUGGUCGCCUGACUUUGUAAACGGAGGGUUUCUGAACCAAACAGUCAUGAUGCUAAGAGAACACUAGAAUGCUGCAGAUUUAUUCAAUAUGUAGUCCAUAAUAUUGUAUUUCUGAAAUUGCAGUACAGAAUUAAACAACUAUUUA